GUUGCCUUUCUGGGUCGUAGGCGCUAACUGGAAGCUUUGCUGUACUUUUAUGCGAAACGACAGCGGAUUUAGAAGACCUGCCGAGGUUUUCCAGGUUUCCUCUCCAAAAGUUCCUGUUCUUAGAUGAUAACAGAGAGCUUGAGAUAAGAGAGUGAAAAUGGCAGUGUGGAUCCAGGCCCAGCAGCUGCAGGGAGAUGCUCUGCACCAGAUGCAGUCUCUAUAUGGGCAACACUUCCCCAUAGAGGUGCGACACUACCUGUCCCAGUGGAUAGAGGGACAACUCUGGGAUGCGAUAGAUUUAGAGAACCCUCAAGAAGAGAUUAAAGCCAAGCGUUUAUUGGACAACCUGAUCCAGGAACUACAGAAGAAAGCAGAGCAUCAAGUGGGAGAGGACGGCUUCUUACUCAAGAUCAAAUUAGGACAUUAUGCUUCACAGCUGAAGAGCACAUAUGACCGCUGUCCCCUGGAGUUGGUGAGAUGCAUCAAACACAUCCUGUACACGGAGCAAAGACUCGUCAGAGAGGCGACUAAUUCAAGCUCACCGGUGGGCGGGGUGAUGGACAGCAUGUCGCAGAAGUACCAUCAGAUAAACCAGGUGUUUGAAGAGCUCAGAAUAUUGACCCAGGACACCGAGAAUGAUCUCAGAAAACUACAGCACAACCAAGAGUACUUCAUUAUACAAUACCAGGAGAGCCUCAGAAUACAGGCUCAGUUAUCAAGCCUGGCUACGCUGCCUCCAGCAGACCGACAGCUACGAGAGCCCAGCCUGCUCAGCAAGAGAGCCACAGUGGAGGCCUGGCUGACCCGAGAGGCCAACACCCUUCAGAAAUACAGACUGGGUUUGGCAGAGAAACACCAGAAGACAUUGGCAUUGCUACGGAAACAGCAGACGGUGAUUCUUGAUGACGAGCUGAUACAGUGGAAGAGACGUCAACAGCUGGCUGGAAACGGCGGGCCGCCUGAGGGAGGACUGGACAUACUGCAGUCAUGGUGUGAGAAGCUAGCAGAAACCAUUUGGCAGAAUCGUCAACAGAUCCGGAGGGCGGAGCAUCUGAGACAGCAGCUGCCCAUUCCUGGCCCCAUCGAAGAGCUGCUGACCGAACUCAACAGCACCAUCACGGACAUCAUCUCAGCUUUAGUCACCAGUACCUUUAUCAUCGAAAAGCAGCCUCCUCAGGUGCUGAAAACACAAACUAAAUUUGCUGCGACAGUGCGUUUGCUGGUAGGUGGGAAACUCAACGUGCACAUGAACCCACCUCAGGUCAAAGCCACCAUCAUCAGCGAACAACAGGCCAAGGCCUUGCUCAAGAAUGAAAACACCAGAAAUGACAGCAGUGGGGAGAUCUUGAAUAACAACUGUGUGAUGGAGUACCACCAGACCACAGGCACCCUCAGUGCACACUUUAGAAACAUGUCUCUGAAGCGUAUCAGGCGUUCAGACCGCCGAGGAGCGGAGUCUGUUACAGAGGAGAAGUUUACCAUUUUGUUUGAAUCACAGUUCAGUGUUGGCGGAAAUGAGCUGGUAUUUCAGGUUAAGACUCUCUCUUUGCCUGUGGUGGUAAUUGUCCAUGGAAGUCAAGACAACAAUGCUACAGCCACAGUUCUAUGGGACAAUGCAUUUGCUGAACCGGGACGGGUGCCCUUUAUUGUGCCUGACAAGGUGUUAUGGCCGCAGUUGUGUGAGGCUCUGAAUAUGAAGUACAAGGCAGAAGUGCAGUCAAAUCGAGGUCUGUCCGAGGAGAAUCUCGUCUUCCUCGCUCAGAAAGCCUUCAGCAGCUCCAGCGUCAACCCAGAGGAAUACCGCAACAUGACCAUGACCUGGUCACAGUUUAACAGGGAGAGUUUACCAGGCAGGAACUUCACAUUUUGGCAGUGGUUUGAUGGUGUCAUGGAACUUACUAAAAAACACCUGAAGCCCCACUGGAAUGAUGGAGCAAUUCUUGGCUUUGUGAAUAAACAGCAAGCUCAGGACAUGCUGAUGUCCAAACCCAACGGAACCUUCCUGUUGCGCUUCAGUGACUCGGAAAUCGGUGGCAUCACCAUAGCCUGGGUGGCAGAGAACCCUAACAAAGCAGGGGAAAGGAUGGUGUGGAAUCUUAUGCCAUACACAACCAAAGACUUCUCUAUCCGCUCCCUGGCAGAUCGCAUCAGUGACCUGAAUCAUCUACUGUACCUCUAUCCCGACCGGCCCAAAGAUGAGGUCUUCUCCAAAUACUACACCCCUCCACUGUCUAAAGCUGUGGAUGGAUACGUCAAACCACAGAUCAAACAAGUAGUGCCAGAGUUUGCGACACCUAACCCCGACCCUGCAGCAAACCCCACCUACAUGGACCAUGCGGCAUCUCCAGCUGUCAAUCCUCAGCACACUUAUGGACUCUAUGCUCCCAUUGUUGACCCUAUGCUGGACCCUGAUGGCGAUUUCGAUCUGGACGACACCAUGGAUGUAGCGAGGCAUGUAGAGGAACUGCUCCGUCGACCGAUGGAGGGCCAGUGGAGCGGCCAGCAGUCAUGACCUCUUGACCUUCGUCAUUUGUGACUUCUCUCGCUGAAUAAUGUUUGUUUUGUUUUUUUUUGUCACAUUUUCUUCUCUUCUUAGUGUAUUUUCCCCAUUUGUUUCUCAGUGUGGGUCUUCAUGACUUUCGGUUAUUUUUCUUUAUCAGUUUUUUCCUAUCAUCAUACCUCUUUAUUUUCCCAUCCCUUGUUUCUAUAGAAGAGAAAGGAACUAAUGGAAAACUAAAUACUAUGAGCCUUCCUCUUAUAAAAUACCACCAAACAGUAUUGUAGAAAAAAAAGAGAGAGAUGCAUGCUCUUUUCCUUUGUGCGUGCGUGUGUUGUUGUUGUUGUUGUUUUUUUUGUGCGUGUUGUUUUUAUUUUCAAAUUGACUUUUCGCAGGACAAGUCUGUGAAACCCUUAAAAAGAACUGUACUACUGUAAGGAAAAUUUAAUUUUUUGGUUUUAAUGGUUGUCUUUUUUUUUCCGGGGGUGUUCAGAUAUCUAUUGCAUCUGAAGAAACUUAUCCUUGGCACUCUUAAAUGAAUGCUUUCUUGCAGACGACAACAUUUUUGUUACCAUGGCAAUUGCAAUGUAUUGCUUCUGUACACUAAAGAGUGUUAAGGUUGCAUGGCUGUUCGGUGCACCUACAUGAGCACCGACAGACUGAAUCGGUCUUACCAUCCCCUCACCGUCUGUGGUUAAUCUGAACCAUGUUACACCCGCAUCCAGACCAGCAGCACACAACCUGUCACUCACAUCAUUGAAACUGCGGCACAUGUGGGAAAUGGCACACACCCCCACUCUCAUCCGUCCCGUGAAAACUGAUGGAAACACUUUGGGGAGAGAGAGGUCUGCUGACAAUCUCGGCUCACACUACACUACACAGGCCAUCACAGUGUCUCUCUCUCUCUCUCUCUCUCUCUCUCUCUCUCUCUCCAGCUCAACAGGUGAUGAUGACCUCAUCUGUUCUUAUGUUUUCCUCUUCAGAAUGUGCAAAACGAGAACCUGUUGUCAUGGUUACACUUGCUCUUAACUGGCCAUCCUAUAGGUUAGCGUUUCUUCAUGUCAGCUCGUUCCCAACCGGCAUGUUUUUUUCUCUCCUACUCGUGCACCUGCACAAAAGCCUUGCCCACUCAGGACAUUAUGUAGAGCUGAUGUAAAACACAAAUAAUAAAUAAAUAAAUAACCAACAAAUUGAAAAGAAAGUACCUAUAUCCAGUAGCCUAUAUAUGAAUUUAUUUUUUGUUAACAUAUUUCUAUUUUAUUACUGUAGGACGCUAGAGGGCUCUGUCUGCCUGUGUAAUGCAAAAUGCUGUGUUACUGUGUCCGAUUCUCAGUAAAAGCCCUGACGGACUGAUCCAAAAUCAGUUUCUGCCAUCCCCAAAACCUUUAUCGGCACAAAGGGGCUGAUUGCUGGUUUUCUGUAGUUUCACUUCAAAUUUCAGCUGAGCUUUCGCAUGGAAGAAAAAGCCCAACUGUCAAGUUGACACAAGAGACAUUUCCUGUGUGCUUACUGUAUAUUAGCUGCAAACCUGACUUGCGACGCCCACUUUUAAAAGCUUGUCUCUUGUUCUUUCUCAAACGAUGGUUUGUUCCUCUCAGUGGAUGUUUUUUUAUUUGUGAAGUUUCUCUUUUUUUUCCAACUCUAUUUCUCUGCCAUGACAGAGCCGCAUAGGAGGUUGUGUGGUUUUACUUCAUCUUUUUUUUUUAUUGUCUUUGUUUUUAAAGUGUUUUGUCAUGUUGUUGUGUAGACUGUUUCACACUGUAGGUGUCAAUGUGCGUGUGUGUGUGUUGGUAUGUUCAGCUCUGCUCUGUUCUAUGUUCGUCAUAUGUUUGUGGUUUGGCUGUAGAGAAGAGUAAUUGAAUUUACAAUAAAGAUUUUUUUUAUA